AGCACAGCAGCACCAAUCUCAGGCUAACCAAGAAUCCGCCUCCCUCAUACCCAUCGUUUUUACAUUUCCUCUGGAAUCUCAUCAUGGAUAUCCCCAUCCAGUAUCCCUGGUACCGUCGGGCCUUUCCACAUCGACUUUCUGACCUCUCCUUGGCAGAACCUCUCACUGAUUGGCCACUAAUCUGGCCCUUCCCCUGGUCCUUCCCCUGGAUACGCCCUUCAUUCAUGCGCUGGUUCAACUGGCCCGACAAUGGACACAGUGAGAUGCGCAUUGAAAAGGAUCACUACAUCAUUCAUGUGGAUGUGAAGUUUUUCUCACCUGAAGAGCUGUCUGUCAAUAUCGGUGACGAGUUCAUCACAGUACAUGGCAAACAUGAGGGCAGACAGGAUGACCACGGCUUUGUGUCAAGAGAGUUUCUGAGGAAAUAUAGGCUUCCUGCUGGAGUGUCAAGUGCUGAUGUCAACGCCAGUCUGUCAUUUGAUGGUAUCCUUACAAUCACUGCACCUCGGUCAUCUUCCGGCUCAGAGCGCCCUAUUCCUGUUUCCUGUGAAGAUGGAACAGCAAAACAGAAAAUGUAGAGCAGAGUCUGACGCUCCUCACACUGUUUCACUACUAAUCCUAAAUGCUGCCUGUUUUUAUUUUUAACCUGUUAACAGUUUUGUUGGCAGUUUAGUACACAUGCAGUAGGCAGGGCAUACAGGUCUAGAUGUCUAUAAGUGCCUUCUAACACACCAGUAUCUAAUUCCUAACUCACUGUUAUUCCCAAGUAUCUGCAAGACAAUGGUGCUUUGAAAUUAAAGGCUAAUCGUGGAGCUUAUGUAAUGACAAAGUGUUGUAUAGACACAGUAGGGUGAGGUGCAGGAUAAUGAACUUCUGAGAGUUAAUUUCCCUAUCACAAGCCUACAGAACUCCCUCUUUAACCCAUACAUCCCGAUUAAAAAUAUUCACACCUCUGUGUAUGUAAAUGACACAUUAAGGGCAUGUAAUAAUUGUUUGAAAGGCAUUCCCCGAAUGUUAUAUAAGGUCUUUACUGGCCCUGCAGUUAAGUGACAAAACUGUAAACAUUUGUUAUUUGAACUCAAACUAACUUGCAGCACUUAUUAGUUUUACAGGGAAAUGCUAAAAUGUCAAUUUAAGGGGGUGGAAAUGUAAAGACUAACUCAAAAUUGUCCACUGAAGAUGGUAACAGACUAAAAUUGUUAAACUUAAUUGCAUCUACAGUACACAGUACUGUCUGAGGGUGUAUGAGUAAGAUGCCAACUGUGCUUUGUUUAUUCUUUUAGAAUAGUGUUGGUUUCAGUAUGUGUGAGGAGGAGGGAGUUCUCUGGAGGCAUAUGCAGUCAUUUUUUAGAUUGUUCACUAAAAAAAAAGCCACCAAAGGACUUGGGACCAGGUGUGUGUAAAGAAGGAGGGUGAAUGAGCCGUAGGGACGUAGUGGACGAGGGAGGAACUGAUGUUUAUCACUGGGCUCCUUUUCCACUGGGGAGCAUGGCCUCUGAGCUGCUAAGGAAAGAGUGUGUGAAGAUAUGUGAGAGUGAAUGCAUAAUGUGCUUGUAGAUGCAAGAGUUACAGCUUUAUCAUUCCUUCACAUUGGCAAAAACCCUCUGGCAUAUUAACACAGAAAACAACAAAUAGAAUAAAUGUUGAAACUCAAAAUCAA